UCGGGCCCCAACUUGCACGCCGCUGAGGUGUCAGCCUUGUGUCUUGCCCUGUCACUGCGAGUCUGGGUUGCUUCAUGCUACGGCGCAGUUGCCAGUCGGAGCCUUGCAGGUCCUAACUCCGAACUAUCCUCCAACACCCUGUUGUGCCAUGUUCACAACUCUCGCGAGAUUCAACGUCUACCGUCCCAAAACCCGACGGUCUUCAACAGCAGUCAUAGUGUCCUAGACCAUCCUUGUUCUCGGAAGGACUAAGACAUGACAGCAAACAAUUGAUCAAGCCUUUGCGCGCCUGAAAUUAGCCCUGUCAACAAGUCAGAUGAUGCGGCAACAAUAGAGUGCGACCACAGCCACCACCGCGACAACCUUGUGUCUGUCACUGCUCAAGCAUGCACAACAGGAUUCAGUCAUUAUAAAUACACCUAAUUAAUGUCUUCAAUGUCUCCCGACGGCGACCAUGCAACUAUGGAUGCCAGCAACGAAGCCCUUCCGCCGGAAGCCUCUGCACCGGACCUGAUUGACCUUGGAGGAGAGGAGCCAGGCGAUAAGGGCCGGCAGGGGACCCCAGAAGACAGACACUCCGUGAAGGACGAUCAACACGUUGUGGAAACGGAGGAACAGAUCCAAACCCUGCGUAUUGACGAACCCCCGACCGUUUCUAACACGCCCUCCACACCAAAGGCGCUCCCUUCAGUCCCGCCUCCACCAAAACCUCCUGCUGCGAGUGAGAAACCUUACCAAGAUCCGACCCCUAAAACUCCAGCUGUGUCAAGACAUCCAUCAGUGAGAGGACCAGGAACAGAAUACAACGAGAAAGAUGAAGAUGCCCAUGAUCAAGAUGGUCGAGAUAUGCCGGAAGACGGCCAAAAUCUCCAGUCAGCUGUUGACAAUGACGUCGAAUCCAGGUCGGAAAUUCAGAGCAUUAUGGACCAGUUUGAGGACGCCACAGUCGCCCCAUCGAGGGAGGAAAUCAUGUCUCCAAGGCAUGAAUUAGCAGGACCUCUUCUCGGGGUAGGCGCUGUCUAUCCUCCACGAAGAUCGAGCCUGGAACACUUGCGGUCAAGGGAUAUGGAUUCAAUCGCAACUUCACCGGUAGUGCCUCAUUCCGAGAAGCCGUUGCCGUCACCGCCUUCGGGUGAUGUCAAUGAGGAUGCCGGGGGGCUGAGAAGUCCGUCCCUAAAAGGUGUAGCUGCGGCCUCGUCAUCUUCUCUACCCAUGCAUUUACCUCCCCCAGAGCCAGAACCAGAGCUGCCUUUUGAUUUUCAUCGAUUCCUGGAACAGCUUCGACACAAAUCUGCUGAUCCAGUCGCCAAAUUUCUUCGUUCGUUCCUUACGGAGUUUGGCAAGAAGCAGUGGAUGGUACAUGAGCAAGUCAAGAUCAUAAGCGAUUUUCUCGCAUUCAUUACAAACAAGAUGGCGAUGUGCGACGUCUGGCGCGAAGUGUCGGAGAACGAAUUCGACAACGCUAAGGAGGGGAUGGAAAAGCUUGUGAUGAACAGACUCUACUCGCAAACAUUUUCGCCUGCAAUACCACCACCUCCUGCACAACCGGCUCGGUCGAGAUCACGAGGUCGGCGGAAGGAGCUGGAGAGAAACGCCCUACCUGGUCGACGUGGCCAGCAUCAAGAAGACGUCGAACGAGAUGAAAUCCUUGCUCAGAAGAUUCGGAUCUACAGCUGGGUGAGGGAACAGCACCUUGAUCUUGAGCCAGUGGGGCCCAACGGAGAAAGGUUUCUCAAAUUGGCCCAACAGGAACUGCUGAAAAUCAAAGGAUAUCGUGCUCCUCGAGACAAAGUCAUCUGCGUUUUGAAUUGCUGCAAAGUCAUCUUUGGGUUGCUGAAAAACACAAAGAGUGCGGAUACCUCGGCAGACGCCUUCGUGCCACUUCUGAUAUACGUUGUGCUUCAGGCUAAUCCAGAGCACCUUGUUUCCAACGUACAGUAUAUCCUCCGAUUUCGGAACCAGGAUAAGCUCGGCGGCGAGGCAGGAUACUACCUGUCUUCUCUAUCUGGAGCAAUCCAGUUCAUUGAAAACCUGGAUCGCACGAGCUUGACCGUGAGCGACGAGGAGUUUGAACGAAACGUCGAGAUUGCGGUGUCCCAAAUUGCCGCCCAGAACAGAGAGGCUGAAGUGGUCAACCCGCCUGUGACAUUUCGAGAAAAGUCGAGCAUCGCUGAGCCCGAGCUCACUCCGAGGAACUCCUUGGAUGUGACGUCCAGCAGCCCUACUCGAAGGGGUCUAAAUCGACUCAGCAGCAGCGCAGAAGGGAAUUCGGAAGACAGUGUUACAGGGUUGCUGCGUACCAUUCAGCGACCUCUUUCAACCAUUGGGAAGAUAUUCUCGGAACAAGAGACAUCUCAAGAGCGCAGGUCGUCGCCGUCCAACGUGCCAGUGCCAUCGCAGAAUGCUGGUCGAUUGAGUCCGGCCGUGUUCCAACCUCCGCGUGAAGCAGGCGUGGCUACCUACAAUGCCCAAGAAGCGGCUGCAAGACAAGCAAGCGCCGAGGCUGCCGAAGCCCGGCGGAUACAACUAGCAGAGCAUAGGACGGUAGUGGAGACCUUGUGUGGCAUGUUUCCCAACCUUGAUAAAGAGGUGAUCGAUGAUGUGGUGCGGCAGAAGGAAGGCAGGGUGGGUUUGGCUGUCGACGCUUGCCUUGCCCUGACGGCUGGCACUUGAUGUCACUGCCAAUACUAUAAGAAGACCAAACAGGACAGUUCCUACUUGUGGUUUUGACGCCGCAUGGACGGCAGAUACGGCAAGGAGUUCACAAAACGCUGCAACAUUUGCAGCCAGGCCACAGGAGACGCAGACAGCGAAGGCAGCCCUCUUCCCAGUGUGCCAGUGAAUAGCAAUAUCUGCAGCAUGGUCAGAGACAAGGCCGUGUCGCGUGUCGUGCAACAGGGGUGAGGAGGCAUAUUGCAGCUAACCUGUGCUCAGCGGUAUGGCAAUGCAGUGGCGCUGCCGCCGCUCUGGCUUUGGGAGCCAGCCAGGGCGCGACUGGACAGAUUCAGCUUGCCAGGAUCGAUAUCUUGCUCUGAGUGCCCCUGGUAUUCUGAAACCCAUGUAAGCCGUGACAGGCGUCGCAGCAUGCCAGGAAGUGCCUAAUAAUAAUAAGGGACGGAAUAGUCCCCAUAUAUCAAGUGCGUGAGCGAGCCUGGUGUAUCCGAUAGUGAUCGUGGCCAUUGUAUAGUCCCCUAUGAUGCAGGGAUGCCGGUGGACAAAGAGCUUUACGGAUGGAUGGACUAUUAGUAAUGCAGGAUGACCAGAAACUUGCCGGACAUAUUGUAUUUUUCAAUGACUUUUCUUUUUCGGGUUCAAGCUCUUUUCGUCCACUGUAAAAUCCACCCAUUCAUCCAAUCCAAUCCAUCCCGGCGCCGGCGCCCACACGCUGUAUAAGAUAUACAAUGUACAAGUUGUACUGUACUAUACUGUACAGUAGGUAUCUGCCUAUA